AACUCUCUGGCUCUCUCCCCUCUCUCUCUCACUCCCUCACUCACUUCAACUCUAGCUCUCUCCUUCUCUCUCUCACUCACACUCUCGCUGAGCUCUAACCGCUUGGAUACAGUGCAGAGGACUUGGGGAGAGUGCUCUUUUCUUCUUCUGCGUUUCCUUCCCUCCUCUCUCCCUCGAGAGCUAUUGAUUUAGAUCAAUUCAUUGGGAUGAGGAUGCGUUUGCGUUAAGCUGCAACAAAGGAAGAGUGCACAAGAAGCAACAGGGGAGUAAUUGACUGCACAGAGAAACAGGAGACCCCCCCCCCCCUUUACAGGCUCAACAAGGGUGGCCGGUUGGACAACAGCAGCCAUGUGAUUGGGGGGUGGCAAAAAGCAAAGAAUGUCCAGGAGGUUCAGCUAAAGCAGCCCUGCAGUGAGAAUCUCCCCCUCUGGCGCCUGUUCUUCAUGAGGACCCGAAGAUGACUGUCACCAGCCGGCAGUCCUUGAAUGUCCUGACAGUCAUCUUUCUCCUGCUGUCCACUGCAGCUCUAUCAGCUCAUUUCAGAGUGUGUGAACCAUACUCCGACCACAAGGGGCGCUAUCACUUUGGUUUCCACUGCCCUCGCCUUUCCGACAACAAGACCUACAUGUUCUGCUGUCACCACAACAACACUGCCUUCAAGUACUGCUGCAACGAGACUGAGUUCCAGACGGUCAUGCAGGUCAACCUGACUACCACCACAGACGGCUUCAAACACAAUAACUACACAGCCCUGGUGGGAGUGUGGAUCUAUGGCUUCUUCGUCAUGGUGCUGCUAGCCCUGGACUUCCUCUACUACUCGGCCAUGAACUAUGAGCUGUGUCGGGUUUACCUGGAGAAGUGGGGUCUGGGUGGGCGCUGGCUGAAGAAAGCCAGGAGCCAGUGGCACCAGCCAGUCCCAGGAGAGGAGACUGAGACCCAGGCACAGACCCAGGGUCACCCCAUGGCCCUCAGCCACCAGCACCCCAGACACAGCCUCAGAGGAGAGGACCAGAGCCCCACGAACCCUAGCACGCCCCCACCGUCUGACUGAAGCUGCGAGAGGAUGAAUGGACGGAGCAGCGAUGUUGAGCAGAGCACGCCGCAGAAGAUAGCACGGCUCCGACACCUGUCUCUGUCUGGCUGGACUAUCUACACAGUAACAUACCACAGGGUGGCUGUCCCUGCCGGAGCUAGCAGUUAGCUAAUAGGACCUGCUCGCCUCCAUUCCUCUAAACACCUCCACCACUGGACCAACGGAACCAGGCCAAAGGUCAACACUAGACUACUAUGAAAGGUCCUGGCGAAUGGAGCUGCUGCUACCCAAACACUGUUAUGGAACAGGUCACAGGCACUGAAACUGACCAUGAAGAACCCCUGCAUGGGCUGGGGCUGUUCUACGAGGAUGCCAAUGGAAACUGAAAGCGCAACUGAUCAACUGAACAAGGGGGGCUUUGUUUAAUGUGUGUGUUUGAGUGUUGAUUGUACUUUGUUGCUGUGUGGGGUUAAAUUCAGUAGUAGUCAGAAGAGGUAGUGGGUGUUUCUCUUGGAGAUUUAUUUAAUGUCGACUAGUCAGGGACUUUUUACGAGUGGUAGACAUUCUAGAUGAUUCACCAUGAUGCUUAGCAUCUCUUUGGAGCUAAAAUUAGGACAUCGACUGGCUCAAUCGCUGAGGAUAGAUAUAAUUGGACGGUGAAUUCUAUGGAACAGACAUAUUUCAGCAUAAUGAACCUUAAUUGAAUACGGUGGCCCCUCCCCUUCAAGUCACCCUGUCAGCUCAGCAAUCAGGGAGAGUGGAGUGCUGACAAAAUAAUCACUUCAGUGGUUCCCACUGAAAGGUGUCACACUGCAAAACAAAAAGUGAAAUCUAAGCAAGUAUAAAUAUCUUCUAUUGAAAUAUCUUUCUUGUUUUUUCAAACCAAGCUAAAUUAUCUAACGUCAGUGGCAGAUCAUUUUAUUUAGGCUUGCUUAAAUGUCACUUUUUGCAGUGUAGUGCACAGGGAGGGGAUAAAGCUCAACACUUCACUCAUUUCUGACAUGAACUUUCGUAUUGAUCCAUAAAGUGCCGUUUUUGUUGUGUUGGGAGGGGUGAGAGGAUAAAGCAUCUGUUCGGGUCAGCAGACUGGGAGGGGGAUGGAGUGUGAUGGGGGAAGACCAGGCGGUAUAUAAUACUGUACCAGGGUAUGUCUCUACUCACUCUCCUCACUCUAACCCAAUUCUGGAGCUGUAACCUGCGAUCUGGCAGCAGCUUAGCCGGAACAUUAUGUGCAGAGAAUUCCUGCACUGUACACACCGUGCAGCAGGAAAUACACUACAGGGUCAUUGGUAGAGGCCAACCAAGAGGGCAGACCCAUAAAUGGUUCUCUGGGAGUUACUGGAAAUACCACCAAUACUCCUGAACAGGCACUAGGCAGGAGGAGCAGGACAACUAUCCCCAAUAUACUAAAAUGGCAAACUCAACCUGCCAAUUUAUUCCAAUGAUUUAAAUAAAUUGUUUUGUCAAGAUCUAGCUUCAUAAAUUCUCUGAAGUGAGCAGGCCCCAAAAAAGAAAAUGUUACCAUCUUCUGUUACAACAAUGACCAUGGCUGGCAAUAUACACUGAGUGUACAAAACAUGAAGAACUCUUUCCAUGACAGAGUGACCAGGUGAAUCCAGGUGAAAGCUAUGAUCCCUUCUUGAUGUCACUUAAAUCCACUUCAAUCAGUGUAGGUGAA